AUGUCUUGUUCGUACGCUGUCAUAGACCGAGUAUCAAGGACUUUCGUAAUCGUAAAUGCAACAACUGAUGAUCGCGUGGAUGUAUUACUUGACUUGAACCCGGACUUAUCAGUAACGGUCCAUAAUUACAAUAUUGAAGACAUUAUUAACAGGGUGUUGUACGAUGAUGGAACUCCUUAUAGAAUAUUGAGAAUGGCAUUCACAGCUAUCAACGGGUCUGUAGUGAGUGCUACAAUAUUUAAUGGAACCGAAACUCUUGAACACAGUGAUCUAAUAGCAAUGGAUAUGGCAAGCCUUAUAUUGCGUUGUGAAUCUUAUUAUAAAGAUAAGUCAAAGUUUAUAGAAGAUGCAGUGAAAGUAAGUAGAUUGCGUAAAGAGAAAGGAUGUGAGGAAGAGAUUUGUGCGAUUUGUCAUGAUGAAUACCAAGCGGAAGACAUGAUCGGAACGAUAGAAUGCAAACAUAGUUUUCAUCCGCAAUGUAUCAAGGAGUGGUUGAGGUGGAAGGAAAACUGUCCGAUUUGCAGGGCUCAUGCUGUGGCUAUAUGA